AUGUCUGCUAAGCCAAUUCGAGAAGUGAAGACAAAAAUAAAUCCGAAAGACAGCAAGUCGGUUUCGAUAGAAUCACUGCUUGAAACAAGCAUGUCCUCUGUUUCUCUUGGAAACCUAGCGAGGCUUGAUCUCGAGCUAUUACAGCUAUACCAGAAAUUGGCCCCCACAACAAUAGAAAUCAACGCCAGGAUUUACAUAUUUGAAAAAAUCAAGAAGUUGAUAGUUCGUGAGUUUCCAAGCGCUAGUGUUAUGCCCUUUGGGAGUUACACCACAGGCCUUAUUGUUCCCUCGAGUGACAUCGACAUAAACGUCCAGCUCAGCGACAACAUCGACAAGGAACACGUCAACAAGCACCUAUCGAAGAUAAAGACUCUCAUGUUCAGGGCAAACUUCGUCAAGAAAGAAACCGUGUUCCACAUCAAGAAAUGCAGGAUCCCCAUCCUCAAAUUCAGGGACGGGAUAUUUGGAUUCAGAAUAGACAUUUCUGUAAACCAAGCAAAUGGAGUCAAUGCAGCAAAGUUCAUCACAUAUACAUUGAAGGAGUAUCCAUAUAUAAAGGUGUUUGCAAUUCUGCUGAAGCAUUUUCUCACAAUAAGAAAGCAGUCGGAUGCUGCAACCGGAGGGCUCAACAGUUACUCCCAGUUCCUACUUCUUCUGAGCUUCUUCCAGCUGCAUCCUCUUGUUCAGGAGGGCUUAGUUUCUCCCCUCAAGAACAUCGGCGUGCUUUUCAUGGACUUCUUUCAGUAUUAUGGAUGCGACUUUCCAUAUAAGGUCGCGAAGAUUUCUAUAAACAAGACAGGAUACGUAAAGAACAAUGCAGGAAUGCUGUCGAUAGAAGAUCCGACAAAUCCGGAGUGUGACGUGGCUGCGGUGUGUAGAAACUCCGGUCUGGUGCUUGGAAUAUUCUCCCAUGCAUUCAAAGUGAUGAGCGCUGCUCUUAAGACAAAGAUUCCCUCACAGAAGUCUUUGGCCUCUCUAUGGUUUGGAAAGGAAAUGAAGGAGAUCACCGGAAAGGAGGAAGUUAGAAGGAUAUAUACAAAAGUGCUGAGGCAUCGGAGAAAGUAG